AUGAAGAGCUCUCCCACCACUCUCCUCCUCCUAAUUCUCUUCUCCCUCACCUCCGCCUCCUCCGCCGUCGCCUCCCCCGCCACCCUCCUCACCGCCGCCCCCACCCUCUCCAACUCCGGCUUCCUCUCCAUGGCCCUCACCCUCCAGAUCGCCGCCGGCGCCGGCCUCGACCUCGCCUCCCCCACCGCCACCAUCUUCGCUCCUCCGGACACCGCUUUCUUCCAGUCCGGCCCACCCUCCCUCCCUCUCCUCCAGUACCACAUCUCCCCGCGGCGGCUCUCCGUCAACACCCUACCCUACCUCCGCCGCGGCGCCAAGAUCCAGACUCUGCUCCCCAACUACACGCUGACUGUGACGGCGUCGCCGCCUUCCGAGGGCUUCUCGUCGAUCAACGACGUUCGGGUCGACCCGAACUCGGUUCUUGACGACGGGUCGGUUAUCAUAUACGCCGUCGAUCAGUUCUUCAACCUCACCUUCUUGGACGCUACUACCGAGGCUCCGGCGCCGUCUCCCAUCUCUGCGAUUUCGGGUCAGCCGCAUCGGGUUUUCGGGUCGGUUGCGGAUCUUUUGAGGUCCAGAGGCUAUUCGGUCAUGGCGGCGUUUCUCGACGCCCAGCUUAUCGGUUUCAACCGCAAGACGGCUCUCACUCUGUUCGCGCCGGCCGACGACGCCGUGGAGGACUACGCUAGGAACACCUCCGACUACUCGGCCAUCUUCCGAUCCCACGUCGUGCCCAAGCUGCUGACGUGGCGAGACCUGGUGGCGCUCGACGACGGCACGAUGCUGCCGACUUUCGCCGAAGGGUUUACGAUCGAUGUGAUCAAGAUGGGGGACGUCCCGGUGCUCAACGACGUUCCGGUGGCCGAGCAGGACCUCUACCAGAGCCGAUUCGUGGUCGUUCACGGCAUCAAUCGCUUGCUGACGUCACAGAAGGAGGCGGUGGCGCAAGCAGAAGGGCCAGCUGGAGAUGAAGAAGAUGUGAAUGAUGGGUUUGUUGCCAAUGUUGCUGAGGAGAUCAACCCUCAAGGCUUUGAUGACUAUCACUGAGGUAUUAUGAGCAGCAAGAGAUUUGAAUAAGACUUUGGAUUCUUUAGCUUCAAGAAUUUGAUUUAGUUUGUAUAUUCUGUGAGUUCUUUGGC